CCCUGUGGGAAUUUCAAAAGACGCAUCGCGUCCUUUUUCGUUGUUUAUAAUUGAUCCUGCCUGUUUGUUGUUAUCGCACUGAAUUAAACCAAGUUUUAAACAGAAUAAAUUAAAAAAAUAAAAGGAUUAAGAUAUGCUGGAAACCAAGAGCAUAGCUGCUUUGGCAUUUACGGAAACGCCGCGCAAGCGCAAACGGGAAACGGGCCAUCAUCACACAGCUCCCCCACCACUUGCCCCGCCCCCGCUGACGGCGCAGCUGCAGGACCAACCCCCGGAACGACAGGAUGCAGCUGUCGCUGCCACGGAGUCCUGCUUCACCAAUGCCGCCUUCAGUUCGACGCCGAAAAAGUUGAUUGGACGCCGCCGCCUCGCCAAGGAGAAUGCCCAACCGAAUCCCUUUCCCGGUCUGGAGGUUAAGUCCAUCGCCGCUCUGGCAGAGAGGCAGCAACAGCAGCAGUUGCCCACGAACCCUUUCGAGGUACUGCGUCAGCCCUCCAAGAAGAAGAAGCGGGAACAUGCCUGUUUUGAGAAUCCUGGCCUGAAUUUGGAACUCCCGGAAAAGCAAUUUAAUCCCUAUGAGGUCAUCCGUUCGACGGCCACGCCUUCGAAGGGCUUUGUGAAUCCUGGCCUGAAUCUGCGUGGCAGUGAUGUCCCUGCCUCGCUCAAUCCCUUCGAGAUUCAUCGACCCAGUGAGGCUUCGACGGCAGCCUGCAAUCCCACAGGAGUGGCGAAUCCCGCCCUGACCGAAGCUGAGACCGAGGAGCACCAGCUGCCCACCAGCUUGAAGAUUGGGCUACCCUUUACCCCCACCCUGGGCUGUCGCAUCGAUUUCCAUGGCAUGUCCCUCUCCCAGCUGACUCCCAGCAAGCUGCUGGCCGAGAAGUUGGUCUUCUCGCCGGUUCCGGCUCCCAAGAGGUCGCUGGGCGCCAUCAGCGAGGAGUCCACAAUGGAUAUAGGCAAGGAACUGGAUCGCUAUCAGCUGGAGUUGGAGAACAGCAUCAAUGAGGCGAAGCUGCGCAAGAACGGCAUCCUCACGGACGUGCAGGACAAGCCCAGGAUCAGUUUGGAGGUGGAGCUGCCAAAGGACACGCAGUCCCAAGUGGUGGGAGCUGCUCCCAAAGUUUCGUUGGUGGUGGAGACCGAUUCGCAGGAGGUGGUCAUGCAGGAGGUGAGAAAGGGCGAUGCUCCGGUGGAGCGACGCUUGAUCUGCACCAGGAGGCGUACCCUGACGGAGAUUAGCGAAGAGCAGCAGGCGGAGGAGAUGGAAGAGAAGGAGCCGGAGCAAGAGGAGCCCAGUCAAGAGGAGUUGAAAAAGCAGGAAAGGGAAAAGCAGAAGCAGCAGGAACAGGAGGACCUGGAGAAGCAGAAACGUUUGCAGGAGCAGCUGAAGGAGAAGCUGAAGGAACGAGAAAGGGAAAAGGAGCUGCAGGCCAAGGAAAAGGAGGACGUGGUCUAUGCCUCCGAUGAGUCCGAGGAGGAGGAUCUGGACGAUCUGGAUUUCAAGGCACCGGCACGCUUCGUGCGCGCCUAUCGUCCCGCUGCCCAGCCCACCAAGGUGCCCAGCAAGGAGUCCCUCCAGUCGAUCGGCUCCUCCAAGUCCACCAAAUCCGCUGAGACCAAAGCCCAUGGCGGUGGGGGCGUGAAGAACAUGAUCCGAAAGUCCAUACGCCGCCUCAUGCAUCCCACACAGCAUACGCAGUCAUCGCCAGAGAAGGCACCAUCUGAGGAGCAACCCAAUCAUGGACACCAUCACAAUAUAAUCAAUACCAUACGGCACAGCUUGCGCCGCAGGCCCCAGAAGAUGACUCCCCUGGAGGACGAGGAGGAGGAGGAGGAGAAGCAGACCCCGGCUCUGCCGGACAUCUCCAUCAUAGACACCAGUGAGCGGACCAUGAAGCUGCGCUCCAGUGUGGCCCAGACCGAGUACAUGACCAUCGAGCAGCUGACCAACGAGAAGAAGCACACGCUCAGGAACAGCAUUCGGCGCUCCACGCGGGACGUACUGCGUCACGUCCUGUUCCACAAGAGUCACGAUGCCUAUGCCACGGCCAAGUGAAGCGAAUCCUUGAAUCCUUUUUCAUUCAAACAUCCUUGAAGCACCCUUAGUUAAGUUUACAAAAAAGCACCCAAAGAUUGUCUCACAAAAACAACAAAAAUCAGCACAAAACCCGAAAGG